AUGGCAGCAACACAACGUGUGGUCAUCAUAGGAGCUGGAAUCGUGGGCGCCAACCUUGCUGAUGAACUGGUCUCGCGGGGAUGGCAGGACAUCACCGUCGUCGAGCAGGGCCCGUUGAACCUGCCGGGUGGCUCAACCUCGCACGCUCCCGGGCUGGUCUUCCAAACCAACGGUUCGAAGACAAUGACUCGUCUCGCACAAUAUACCGUUGACAAACUCCGAUCGCUAAGUGAUGAGAAUGGCAUGCCGUGCUUCAAUUCGAUAGGAGGUCUCGAGGUGGCCACGACGCCGGCCCGAGUCGAAGAGCUCAAGCGCAAGCUCGGCUAUGCGAGGUCCUGGGGUGUUGAUGCGCGUCUUCUAACCAAGGAAGAGUGUUUGGAGAAGUAUCCUCUUCUGAACAAGGAUCUCGUGCUAGCUGGUCUUCACACUCCGACCGAUGGUCUCGCGUUAGCUGCCCGCGCAACCCAGCUGCUUAUCGCCCGGACCCAGCAGGCCGGGGUCCGUUACCGAGGCUCGACGCUUGUUACAGGCAUUGAACAAACAGGAUCUCGUGUGACGGGCGUAAAAACCUCCCAGGGUAUCAUUCCGGCCGAUAUCGUCAUCUCCUGCGCCGGCUUUUGGGGCGUCGAAAUCGGAGCCAUGGCUGGGGUCGCCAUCCCUCUUCUACCACUUGCCCAUCAGUAUGCGAAGACGACCACCGUGCCCGCUCUAGCGAAUCGCGACGUCAAUCACCGUCCGAACGGAAUGAAUGCGAGUAUGCCCAUCUUGCGGCAUCAGGAUCAGGAUCUAUACUACCGGGAGCAUGGAGAUCAGGUGGGGAUUGGAUACUAUGGACACCGUCCUAUGCCGGUGGUGGCUGCGUCCUUGGGGCAGACUCCGGAGCACGUUGACGAGAAGCACAUGCCCUCUCGACUCGAGUUCACGGCCCAGGACUUUGCGCCCGCCUGGAAGGCCUCGCAGGAACUGCUACCUGUUCUCCGCGAGACCCAUUUGGAGGACGGAUUCAACGGCAUCUUCUCGUUCACCCCAGACGGGGGGCCCCUCGUUGGACAAGCCUCUAACCUCGACGGAUUCUAUGUAGCAGAAGCCGUCUGGGUCACCCACUCCGCCGGAGUCGCGCGAAGCAUGGCGGAGCUGCUCACAGACGGGGCAUCCACCAUCGAUCUCACGGAGUGCGAACUAUCUCGCUUCGAGGAAGUACAGCUGAGCCGGGACUACGUCAACGAGACCUCGCAACAGAACUUCGUAGAGAUCUACGACAUCCUCCAUCCCCUCCAACCGAGAGAAUCUCCCCGCCAGCUCCGGGUAAGCCCCUUCUACGAGAAACAACGAGCACUGGGCGCCUUCUUCCUCGAACUCGGCGGCUGGGAGCGCCCAUUCUGGUACGAAGCAAACGCACAGCUCCUCCACGCCCUCCCAGCACAAUGGCAACCACCUCCCCGAGACACCUGGUCAUCGCGAUACACCUCCCCGAUCACUGCCGUGGAAGCAUGGAAGACCCGCAAUGCCGUCGCCAUGUACGACCUAACCUCCUUCCACCGCGUACAAGUAUCCGGACCCGGCGCAGCCACCCUCCUGCAGCGCCUCACCACAAGCGACAUCACCGCUCCUCCCGGCGCCAUCACACACACCCUCCUCCUCAACAGACAGGGCAAAAUCCGCAGCGACAUCUUCGUCGCUCGUCUGGAACCCGACCUCUUCCAAAUCGGCGCCAACACCGCAACCGACGUCGCCUACUUAGCCGUCGAAGCACGUCGCCAGAGACAACACACCCCGGCCCAAUGGGUCCAGGUAUCCGACAUCACCGGCAGCACCUGCUGUAUCGGCCUCUGGGGCCCUCGCUCACGGGCCGUUAUCCGCGCCGUUUCCAACGACGACUUCUCCACCACCGCUCUACCCUACAUGUCCGUCAAACGUGCCACGAUAGCCGGGAUCCCCAUUACCGCGCUCCGCAAAUCCUACGUCGGUGAACUCGGCUGGGAAGUCCAAACCAGUGCCGAAUAUGGUUCCCGUCUAUGGGAUGCGCUCUGGCAGGCUGGUAAACCGCACGGGCUUAUCGCCGCGGGCCGUAGCGCUAUGAACGCCCUGCGGCUGGAGAAAGGGAUUCGGACAUACGGAGUGGAUAUGACGACGGAGCAUGAUCCGCUCGAAGCGGGAGUUUUUCAUCUAGUUGAUUUGGACAAGAAGGAGGAGUAUGUGGGUAAGGCCGCGCUUCAGAGUGCUGCGCAGCGGAAGCAACCCCCUUUGAGAAGGCUGCGGUGUUUGACUAUUGAUGAUGGACAUUCUAUGGUAAUGGGAAAGGAACCCGUCUAUUUCGGUGGGAAGCCCGUCGGGUAUGUCACUACUGCGGUGUUUAGCUAUACAACAAAGAGGCCCGCUGCGUAUGCGUGGCUGCCCGGGAGGGUUCGUGAGGGGGAUGCAGUUGUGAUUGAGUAUUUUGGGAGGCAAGUUAAGGCAACGGUGUCGGCGGAUCCGUUGUUUGAUCCACGGGGGAGCAAGUUGCAUCGGGAGGAUACGGGCGCAGAUGGAUUUGAGACGCCGUUGAAGAAUCGCUUGUAA